AUGGCGACCACGAAUGGCGAUGUCACUUUCGACACCAUAAGCUCUGCUGUCGAGGCUUUCAAGAAUGGCGACUUCAUCCUGGUCAUGGACUCCACUGACCGCGAGAAUGAAGGCGACCUCAUUAUCGCAGCGCAAGACUUCACGCCCGAGAAAGCUGCGUUUUUAAUCCGAUACUCCUCAGGGUACAUUUGUGCGCCCAUUCUGCCGUCUCUCGCGGCGAGAUUAGAGCUCCCGCAGAUGGUCACCCACAACCUCGAUCCCAACCGGACCGCCUAUACAAUCACGAUCGAUGCUGCCGAGGGAGUAACCACCGGUAUAAGUGCACACGACCGCAGCCUGACUUGUCGGAAAUUGGCAGAUCCGCAAGUUCAGAAGGAUACCUUCAGACGGCCGGGGCACGUUGUGCCAUUGCAGGCACGAGAGGGAGGUGUGAGAGUGCGACCAGGACAUACAGAAGCCGGCGUGGACUUUUGCUUGUUGGCGGGCAAGGAGCCAGUUGCUGUGAUUGCGGAGAUGGUCUCGGACGGCGAUGUAGUCGAGGGCAAGGCCGAGUUGGCCGGUGACUUUGGAAUGAUGCGAAGAGACGGGUGCCUGGCUUUUGCACGUCGCUAUGGGCUCAAGGCUGUGACGAUUGAGGACCUGAUACGUUACCUAGAUGCCGCAGACAGCAAGAAGGGGUAA